CUCGCGCUCGCCGCAGGCCACCGCGCCGCCGCUCGCCGCCGGCGCCGCACGCCGUACUGGGGGGGAGAGGGAUUCGGAGAGAUGCCUCCGAAGCGGCAGCGGUCGGCGGCGGGGCCGUCGGGGGAGGCGCCGGUCAACAGCCUGGACGACGGCUGCCUCAUGCACAUCUUCAGCUUCCUCAGCCCAAUCCCAGAUAGGUAUAACACCGCCCUCGUUUGCCACAGAUGGCGCUUCCUUGCAUGCCAUCCUCGACUGUGGUUGCGUGUUGAGAGGCCAAUCAGAAAUACAAUAGAGCCAGGAGUCUAUCCAAAUCUUGAGUCUGCUGUUUCUGCAGCUAGGCCUGGGGAUACUAUUCUAAUUGCUGCUGGUGGCACACAUGUUGCACGUAAUAUCCAAAUAAAGAAGCCUCUCUGCAUUAUUGGCGGGGGUGAGCUUCCUGACGACACAGUGUUAACAUGUUCGCGUGGCUCUGACAAUGCGUUGGAGUUCCAUUCCACCUGCAAGAUUGCAAAUCUCACUAUUAGAGCAGAGCUUGGGUGUUGUUUGCUUCAUCGAAGUGGUAGAUUAACUAUUGAGGAGUGCUUGCUCCAGUGCGAGCAAAAUCCUCUGGAUUAUUUGUCCUUCCCUAUAAUUAGCACAGCGAUUGAGUAUGAUUCGUUCUCAUCACUCAAGGAGCAAGGACAUGGUGUAACUGUUGUUCGCACCCGCAUUGAGGGGGGUGCGAAGGCCGUCAGGACUAAUGGAACACUGGCGCUGCAACAUGUGCGGGCUAUCUAUUCUCGCAGUUCUGUUUUCUUCUGGUUCGAAGUAGGAGAAAGGUAGGAAUUCAUGUAAACCUGUAAGGCCAUGGCCAUGUAUCCUAUCCAGUAUCAACUCUUGGCAUUGUCUGCCUCCUGUUUGUUGUAACAUAUGAUAAAUAUUUUCUAUUUGGAUCAACAGGGACACUAGUUACAAGUUAACUGCAUAAAGUUUGAUAAUUUCAUAAA